GUGUCCUGGCCCGGCCCUGCCACCCCCGGGCGGCCCCCGGGCUGGCAGCGACCCUUGUCCCCUCGUCACGCGGGGCGGGGGACACGGGGGACACCGCGGGGCCGCCGCCGGGAGCGGACGGAGCCAUGGACGGGGACACGGACAGCUCCUGGCUGGGAGCCCCCCUGGAGGAUUUGCCCACCCCGGCGCUGACCCUGGACCGGGCCGUGCUGCGCCGGAACGCCGAGAGGAUGCGGGAGCGCUGCCGGGCGCUGGGGCUGGGCCUGCGCCCCCACGUCAAAACGCACAAAACCCUGGAAGGAGCGUUGGUGGCCACGGGCGGUUCCCGCCGGGGCAUCGCGGUCUCCACGCUGGCCGAGGCUCGCUUCUUCUCGGCCGGGGGCUUCGAUGACAUCCUCUACGCCUUCCCGCUGUCCCCCCGGCGCCUGGCCGAGUGCUCGGCUCUGGCCCAGCGCCUGCAGCGCUUCCAGGUGCUCCUGGACAGCCCCCAGGGGUUGGAGAUGCUGCUCCAGAACCCCCUUCCCGCCGGGAAGCGCUGGCUGGUCUGGCUCAAGCUGGACUGCGGUAAUGGUCGGGCCGGGAUUCGUCCCACGGACCCCGCGGCGCUGCCCUUGGCUCGGGCCAUCGCCCAGGGCUCCCCGGAGCUGGUGACACUGGUGGGGGUCUACGCCCACUGCGGGAACACCUACGGCUGUCGCGACAUCGCGGCCAUCCAGGCCAUCGCCAGGGCCACCACUGUCGCCGUGCUGGAAUUCGUCACCGCGCUGCGGCAGGCGGGGAUCCCGUGUCCCCAAGCCACCAUCGGCUCCACCCCGUCCUGCAGCCACCCGGUACCGGAGAUGUCCCAACUCACCGAGCUGCACCCGGGCAAUUACCUCUUCUACGACCUGCAGCAGACCCAGCUGGGGUCGUGCCAGCCCGAGGAGGUGGCGAUCCGCGUCCUCAGCAGGGUGGUCGGGCACUACCCCCACCGCGGGCAGCUCCUGCUGGACUGUGGCUGGGCCGCCCUCAGCCUGCACGGUGCCCACCGGGGACCCCCGGGCUGCGCGGCCAUCGAGGGCCACCCCCAGCUCAGGUUGGUGGGGCUGACCCAGGAGCACGGGCAGGCGGAGGCCGUGGAUGGGCAGUUGGAUUUUGGGCAAUUCCCGCUGGGCAGCACCUUGGCGCUCAUCCCGUUCCACGCGUGUGCCACGGCUGCCAUGCACCCCGUGUACUUCGUGCACGCUGCGGGAAAGGUGGUGGAGCUCUGGCGGCCCGUGCGUGGCUGGUAGAGAGGAGAAAAAGGAGAUUCCGGGGGUGGCACCCGCACCCACACCCGGCACCCACCCUGGAACAACGCUCGGCACCCACAACGAGACCCCGCACCCGCUCCGAGUCGCUCCGUGCACCCACUGCCGGGUCCUGCACCCACUGCCGGGUCCUGCACCCACGCUGGGGUCCUGCACCCACUGCCGGGUCCUGCACCCUCUGCCGGGUCCUGCACCCACUGCCGGGUCCUGCACCCACUGCCCGGUCCUGCACCCACUGCCAGGUCCUGCACCCACUGCCGGGUCCUGCACCCACUGCCCGGUCCCGCACCCACUGCCACACCCUUCACCCACUCCUGCACCCAUUCCCACACCCUGCACCCACUCCUGUGCUCGCUCCCACACCCUGCACCCAUUCCUACACCCUUCACCCACUGCUGCACCCAUUUCCACACCCUGCACCCACUCCCACACCCUGCACCCACUCCCACACCCUGCACCCACUCCUGCACCCGCUCCCACACCCUGCACCCAUUCCCACACCCUUCACCCACUCCUGUACCCGCUCCCACACCCUGCACCCACUCCUGCACCCAUUCCCAGAGCCACUCCCACACCCUGCACCCAUUCCCACACCCUGCACCCACUCCUGUGCUCGCUCCCACACCCUGCACCCAUUCCCACACCCUGAACCCACUCCUGCACCCAUUCCCACAUGCUGCACCCACUCCCACACCCUGAACCCACUCCUGCACCCAUUCCCAGAGCCACUCCCACACCCUGCACCCAUUCCCACACCCUGCACCCACUCCUGCACCCGCUCCCACACCCUGCACCAAUUCCUACACCCUGCACCCACUCCUGUGCCUGCUCCCACACCCUGCACCCAUUCCCACACGCUGCACCCACUCCUGCACCCACUCCCACACCCUGCACCCACUCCUGCACCCAUUCCCACACCCUGCACCCACUCCCACUCUGCACCCCCUCCACGUCCCUCCACCCCCUCCAGGAUGCUGCACCCACAGCGGGACUCAAUAAAGCUGCUUCUCCC